GCUGUGCUGAGGUGGUGGUGGUGAUGAGUUGAUAAAAGGAGGGGUGUGUUGAUGUGAUUAUAUAAAUAGCCUUAGUGCAUGCACUUCAAACACCUUGGUCCCCUAAACCAUUUUGUGCUCCCAAGGUUCUCUUCUCUAUCUGUGCUUCUAGUUCUGUACACCAUGAACCUUGAAAACUGUCACUGUCUAAGCACCAUAAGCAACAGCAGUUGGCAAAGCUAUGAGAGAAUUGGCUACGAUCCCAUUGUGUGUGUCAACGAAUUUGUGACCAGAUUGAAGAUGGGAAGCUGGAAAGCUUUGUGGCGGAAGAUAAAGAGAGAGAGAAGAAGAUUCUUUAGACCUUCACCAGUGUUUCAUGUUCAGUAUGAUCCAACCUCGUACUUACACAACUUCGAUGAUGGCUAUUCCACCGACCCAGAUAACGUUUCUCGCUCAUUCUCAGCUAGAUUUGCAGCACCCUCCAAGAUCCUUGCCAAAAUUCAAGUGAUGGGUGAUGAAGAAUUGCAGAUAAACCAUAAGAGUAUCAUGAUGUAGUUGUGAGUUCCUUUGGACUCGUUUUCAUUUUUUUUUCUCAGAUGAACUAUGAUGCAUUGUACAAAUGGUGAGAGGUCUAGUUAUAUAAAUUAGUUAAUCUCUUUGACUGUUAUUUAGAAGCUAUAUGGAAGUUAAGUUAAGUUCUCUCUCUCAUCUUUCCAUUUCUUUCUUCUGUCCUCUUUUUCAUAUAUGGAAUAGGUGUUGAUUAUAGAGA